GUAGUCGAGGGGCGGGGGUUGCGAGUAGGAUGAAUGUACCGUGUUUACGUAACUUUCGAUCUUGGUGUGCAAUCCCGGAAGACAGAGAUGGCGGCAGCGAUGACGGCGUCGAUCGCCAGCUGGCCCUCCGGAGACCCUAAUCUCGAAUGGGAGUCUCUUCUCUUCAGUGAAAUUGGUGAUCUCUUAGGAGAAGAUGAACUUCAGCUAGAUGUAGAGAAUGAAACCUAUGAAAGCAGUCUUGGUGACCUUGACUUUGAUUUAGACUUGAUGUCUUGGGAUUCAGAUACAUGGGAUAUUAUGAAGCAGACCCCAUCAGAUAUAGAGUACAAAGCAGAACCUCUCUCACCAACUGCUUCAACAGAUUCAGUUCCUUCUCCUUUACCUGUGGACUCUCCAGUACAACAUAUACCUGAAGGUGUGGAGUUUGGCACUAAUUCUCAUUUAUCCAUUGCAUCUUUAUAUGACAAACGCAGCUCCAGAUCAUCAUUACCUAAAGAGCAAACUGAGAAGUCCCCACCUAAAAUUAUGCGUUGUUCAGCAAAUGGAUCAUCGAUGACCAUUAAUCGAAGUAAUCCAGCAGCCUCAAAACCGUUAAUUCAGCCCAAGCCUCCAUUGCGUGCCUUUUGUGAGACUCAGCCUAAUCUCCAGGCAAAAGCCAUUGUCAUUCCAGCUCUUCCCACUCUCCUGACGCUGCCCAAGCAGCAGCCAGUUGUAACUAUCCAGCCAGCACCUCCAAAAGGUCAGCCACUAAUGAUUUCUCAGCCUGCUGUGGUUCAUCUUCAGACAUCUGGAAUCCUUCCUGCCUCAAAUCCAGCCAUUGCUGUUAAUGGUGGAGUAAAACCAUUAACAGGUCACACCAUUAGGGUAUUACCACAAACUGCAGGAAAAAGUUUGACCAGUGGGAACCUAGCAGAACCUAUCACUGUCCUUCACGCCACUUCCUCAAAUACAAACAUGGAUAUGAAUGUUCUAAAACGGCAGCAACGCAUGAUAAAAAACCGGGAAUCAGCUUGUCAGUCACGGAGGAAGAAAAAGGAAUAUAUGCAGAGUUUAGAAGCUAGACUGAAGACUGCUUUGUUAGAAAAUGAUCAUCUUAAAAGAGAGAAUGGCUCACUGAAGAGACAGCUAGAUGAACUGGGAGUGGAGAAUCAGAAUCUCAAAGGCUCCCCUCCAAAAAGAAGAGCAUUCUGCGUGAUGGUGUUGUUUGCUUUUGUAAUGCUAAAUUAUGAUCGGCUAAGUGGAUUUGAAUGGGGACCUGAUUCUGCUGAAAAGCUUGCCAGCACUAGCUACCAAAGUCGACAUCUUCUUGAAUUUUCUGCAAGCAGGCCUCAGGAAACAGAUGGCAAAAAUGAGGAAUAUAAGCCCUCGGUUUCGGAUAACAAAGCACUUAUGGUAGUUACUGAGGAACCAAUAAUAUAUGUUCCUCCCCCACCUUGCCAACCAUUUAUCAACCGGACAGAAUCACUCAGGUUAAGUCAUGAACUAAGAGGUUGGGUACAUAGACAUGAAGCAGAAAGAACAAGAUCAAGAAGGAUGCCAAAUAAUCAGCAGCAAAAAGAGCAAACUGUCCAGAGUGCUUCAGGAAAAAAAUCUGAACUCAUGACUCUUCCCUAUACAGACAACAGUGUUGGUAGGAAUUCAGGAAGUGAGCUACAGGUUUAUUACGCUUCGCCACGAAAUUAUCAAGAUUUUUUUGAUGCAAUUCACAGAAAGGGAGAUACAUUUUAUGUGGUGUCCUUCCGUAGGGAUCACCUGUUGUUACCUGCCACCACGCAUAAUAAGACCAGGCGACCAAAGAUGUCAAUAGUGUUACCUGCAAUAAACAUUAGCGAGAAAAUCAUUAACGGGCAAGACUAUGAAGUUAUGAUGCAGAUAGACACUGAAGUAAUGGACACCAGGAUCCUGCAUAUCAAAAGCUCAUCCAUCCCACCUUACCUUCGAGAACAGCAGAGGAACCACACAACUUCCUUUUAUCAUUCUCCUCCAACCGUUCCAGAGGCAGCUCCUGCUGUCAGAACAAUCACUGAAUCACCCCAGUAGGCUCUCAGAAUGAGGCUUUCAUACUUGCUCAGAGAUAGGUGACCCAUGUGGGUUUGCCAUGGCAGUAUCAGGGGCAGUAUCCUGUCUUAGACAAAAGCUUGAGGUUUCUGGAUUUCAGGAUUCUGUCUGCUUUUAGACCUAGCCAAAAUUAAUUUCUCGCCCACUCUAUCUAGAUUAUCUGCCAUCUUUGUAAGGCAAUAUUUAUGGGCCUAAGAACUUCACUUUGUUAAAAGAAAUGCUAAAAUUGCAAUGGGUAAAAUAAUGUUAUUGAUGGAAGUUUGGUUUCUGUGGGUUUAAUUAAUUCCUGGGAUUGGGAAUGGGCACUAAAUGUCUUUACUUUCCCUUACCUUCUUAGAAAUAAAUAUCAAUUUCUUAGCAGUUUCUGAAGAAGAAAUGUAGGGGCUACAUAUGGAAUACAGGUUGUCUGUCACUAAUUAUUUAUAUUUGUUUUAUUUUUAAUUUCACUUUGUCUGUAGAGUUUAUAAUUUGCAUUCUUUACUCAAUCUUAUUCUGGGUUUUCAUUCCUGCUUCAUUUUACCAGGAGGAGGAAAAUAAGGAACUACAGGUUCUUGUUCAGCAAAUUAGAGCUUAAGCCAUUCUUUGCUGCACUCUGUAUUUUUAGUACUUUUUUAUUAUUUUAUUCAGUCUCUAGACUAAGUACUAUAUCCUACACUUUUCCUGGUACUUUAUUAUACAACAAAUGCCCAGUCCAGCUGUUUUGCAUUUGUUACAUAAGAUACAGAUGUUUUGUUGAUACCACCCUUUAAUUAUGUGCAAAUUUGUAAAGUAUUGUUACUGGGAAAAUCUUUCUAGUGCUAUUAUAGAAAUUAAAAUUCUGUCAGAGUGUAUCUGAACCAGUUUCAAGGGCACCUAUUGAAUGAGACUUGCAAAAUUACUAAUGAAGAGCUUUGUUUUGACCACUACACUCCUAUUACUUUGGGCUAAAUAUUAAGUGAAUGUACUGGAAUUGGGGCAAGUGGUGCUUAUUUAUUAGCCAAAGGCCAGAUAUUCCAGAGAGAAGCUAUGUUCAUGUGUGCACAUCUUCAUGCGCUUCCUGCAUGAAUUUACUCAUUAGAAUAAUUUAUGUCCUCUGGUUUGGCAACAGGGAAGGAUCAAAAAGAGUGUGUUCAAGUGGAAAGGCCCCAAUUCAUAUUGAGAGCGCUAGAUCAGUGAGAACAAGUUCUCUGCCUUUUCCACUCCUUCCAUUGACAUAGUUUAUGCCCACAUUGGGCAUAUAGGAUACCCACAUUGGGAUGUACUUUGAGAUUUUUACUUGGAAUAAGGGAGGAUGUGUUAUCUGACGCAUAGAUAUUUGCAGGGGGUGUAGAUUCCAUAGUAAAGGUAAGACUAGUGAGGAGGAAGGAGCACUUGGCUAAGUAUUUGUGAAGUGGAAAAAAAAAGCUCUGAAUGUAAAAGGCUUCUUCAAAUAAGUGAAGAACGUAUGAGUCACGGGCAAAACUUUGUGUCCUUUCAGCAAAGAAAAUCUCCAUUGGCUAACUCCCAUUGCAUAGGCAUCAUCUGCUUUUCUUCCCUUCUGCAUGUGUGUGACCUUGUUUGAUUUUCAAAAUUCCACUUUCAGAUCUUGCAAUCCUACUUUAUUAAAGAUUAUCACAACUUCCACAAAAAACCACUUCAGGCAUUGAAUGGGUAUUUAUGCAAAUGUAUAAGCAGUGUACACAUAUGAGCAAUAUAAUGACGGAUGAAAGUGCAAGAGAUAAACAACGAUAGAGUCUUCCCUGAAAAGGAAUGGGCAAAAUUCUGUGUUGUGGGUUCGUUCAUUGAUAUGUUAACUUCUCUGGAUAACAGAUUGGGUAGGAGUUGUAAUAUUACUUGUGUAUACUUUAAGUUGAAAAUCUAUCAGCUUUAUUUAUUUUCUGUGCUGUUAUUUACACACAUCAACUGCUGGAUAUAAGUAAGGUAAAGUCAAUGAUAUGUAAAUUUGAAUAUAUAUAUUUUUGAAGUCUUUCUUCAAAAGCAUCAAGAGUGACUGGACAAAACCUAACAAAAUUAAAGAUAACAAUCCACUAUAAACCAGUAGCAAAAUAAUUGAACAGCAUAAAACUAAAAUCCCUACAGAACAAGAAAAGAAACUGGCAGCACAAUUAGGUCCAAGUCAACUUCACCCCAUAUUUUCCACCUGCUGGGCCACAUUACUUGUUUGUGUUGCGUACAGUAGGCUUCUCACAUGGCAAGAAUCCUUUUUAUUAGUUAUUCUGUAGAAUGCUAUGAACAUUGAUAUACAAAAUAUCGGAAGCACAAUGCAUAAAGAGAAUAGCAUGAAAUUACUUGUUAAAAUUUAAUUUCUGUCACAAGAAGUUGCAGUGUACAUGGAGCUAAGGAUCUCAGAAUUGUUUUGUCUUCAGGGACAAAAUAAUUCUAUUUUUUUUAGAGAAAAUUUGUCUGGCUCUUACUGGAAAUUGAGUAAUGUUUUGUAAACAUUAUUUGAUUAAAGAAGGCGUUGUUCACUUGGAUGCUGAUGUUCCUUUGUGCCACAAUCAGGAGAAAGCUUUUCCCUGUUAAAUGUUCCCUAUAGACAUCCAUAUUAUGUGCAAUUUGAUGCUGUAGAAAUAAACAAAAAGAUGUUUGAGUGUGCACUUUUUAAAAAACAGUAGGGAACAGAUCAGCAAGCAGUCUACUAGAAGUUUUCUUUGGUAUCUUGAAGAUAAAUCUUGGUAGUUAUCCUGGUUUUCAGAUUAAUCUGACCCAAGAUCAUUAAAAAUUUGUCAGAUGAGAAGCAUUUUUAGUUCAGCUAAUUUUUUUCUGCAUCUUAUAUGUUAGUGUUAUAAUAAAAAGCAGUCAAAUUAUGUUAUAGAUCCAUGAAGCUAAUUGCCAACCAAAAUCUAGCAGUGGUCUUGAAUAUCAAAGUAUCCCAGAUCUAAUUUUGCUAAAUAUAUAAUCUUGACUACAGUCCUUGUAAGUAUCUGCUGGUGGGAAAAUGUACCUUACGAAAGGAAGAAUCACUAGGGUGGGGGAAAGAGAAUUCAAGACUUUGAGUCAGUCAGAACUAUGCUUGUCUUUAUUUUUUUCUCUGCCUUAAGCAUCCUUUCUUGUUUGAAAAACUCUUCCCUUUCUUGAGGGCCCUUGUUCAUCUCUAGUCUGGCCAACUGUGGAAAUCAGUUUUGAGCUGUUCUCCUGCCAGCCUCAGCAUUUCUUCAAUAUUGCCUGUCCAAAAUUGGCCGACUGCCUUUGGCUGAAUAAAUGUCCAGUGUUGCUUUUUCAUUGCUGUGCUGGAAAUACAAUUCUUUGCAGACACUUUAUUAAAAACAAACAGCCUUCCUCUUCUGAGAAAGUAUAUGGACAACACUUUCACAAAAGCCUAAGAUAUCUUGGGUGUUUUCUUUAAAGACUGUAACAUCUUUAAGCAAUGUUAAAAUAAUAUCUUGCACAUUAGGUUGGAUCUGUGCUUUGAGUAAUGAUGUAAAGUAGGUUUAGUUAAUUUAAGAGACACUGAAUUCAAUGGCCUACGCUUAACAAUUUUUUAAAGUUUGUACUUAAUGUGCUGUUUUGGUUUAUUUGUUUGUUUUGGUAAUUAAAUUAUUUCCUUGUUUCAGUAUUGUGCUUAUUUCUUUGAAACAUCUGAAUAAGAAAUCAUUUUUGUUAUCUGUAAUUACUGUUGGAAGAGCAAUUGCAUUGUCUUUUGUUUUUGGUCUUUAAACAAGACACCUGGAAUCGAAAUUAUCCUACUACUGGGACAUCACAAUCAAGAAGUACUACUCUAUGUUUAGAUUCUCUUCCAAAAAAUAAAUAAAAUAUACAUAAA